GUCUGAUGGAUCUGUGUGGAAAGAGUUGUGUUCAUGCAGGAGGUUUAUUCUGACAGCAGUAAGUGAAUCAUUUGACGAGAAGUUGAACGAGUCUUUAAGUUUCACUUCACAGAGUCAUUUGGCUUCACCAGUCACAUUACUGCUGACAAAAUGAAGUCCAGACCACACAGCAAAGUGAGGAGACGUUUCCAUCAUCCCAGCCUGAGGCUGCUUUUCCUUUUCCUACCAGAGAUCUUCAGCUCUGUUGGUGGAUCUUCAGUUCAGGAGGUGAUCGGUGCUGUAGGCGAGUCUGUUACAUUCACUACCAGUGUACCUGUUUCUGGAAAUCUAAUUUAUAAAGGUGACACAGUUGGACAGGUGUUGAAUAAACAGAGUGAAACAGACCAGAAUGAGAAGUUUAUGAAUCGUCUUGAUUGGGUCAGUCAGAGUGGGUUCUUCACUCUCUCAGACCUGAGAACAGAUGAUUCAGGACUUUACACAGUGGAGAGCAUUAAAGAGCCGAAAGGAAGACAGGAUUAUCAGCUGGAGGUGUACGAGAGAGUUUCAGCUCCUCAGGUGAAGAACACAGACUCCAGUCCUUCAGAGUUGUGUUCAUUACUGUGUUCUGUGAGGAACGUCAGAGGACUGAAGCUGGAUUUGUAUGAAGACGAUGUUUUAUUAAAUCACACCAGCAGCAGCUCCGCAUCCGACACCACACUGAAUCUUCAUCUAGAAAUAAAGAAGACGGACGAUCACAGACGGAGAACCUUCAGCUGUGUGGCUUCCAACCGAGUCAGUACCGAGAAAACCACGAUUGACAUCACACACUACUGCUCUCUGAACCCCGGUCUGAACACAGAUGUGGAGGUUCGGGGGUUGAGAACGAUGUUCAUUACAGUGGUGUGUGCUGUGAUGUCAGUGAUGGCCGUUGUAGUGAUUGUUGUGUGUCUGUGGAAAAGGAAUGGAAAUGAAUCCAGCUGGUGUACAGAAGACAGGAAAUUACACGGGAUUCUGUCUGUGAGCACAACAGUAGUGUAUGAGCAGGUUCGUGUGCAGUGACUGCAGCAGUAGCGGAACAGAACAGAACUGAAGGAUGCUUAUCAGAUUAUGAUCAGACCAAAAUAAAGACAGCUCUCGACCCUU